UUGUUUCUUAGUAUUACAAGUAUUUCACAGAAGAUUAACGAAAAAAUGAUUUGGAAAAUUAUAUUUUUGUUGUCGUGUUUUGACGUUUUAGUGAACGCUGGUCAACCUUCACCAUUUUUUGAAGAACCUCCAAGCCGGACCGUAGCAACGGUACCAUUUCGAACAUUACAAGAAUGGGCACCAACCUUACAAUUAACGCACAUUACAAAUUGGACUACUUUGCAACAUGAACCUGAUAAUGAUCAAAAAGAUGCCGCAGAGUUCGCAUUGAAAUCGAGUAAAUGUCCAACUAAUAUUAUAGAUAUGCUUGUUUGGAGAAGUCAGAUAAAUCAAUGGCCUGAUCAUUUAAAAAAUACAGCUGGAACUGGCCCUAACAUAGAUAAUAUAAGAACCUUGACAUGUAGACGUAUUCCAGGAGCACCAAUAGUAUACGUGGGCUAUCCUGACACAUCUAACGAUGUGACCGUAGCAACGGUACCAUUUCGAACAUUACAAGAAUGGGCACCAACCUUACAAUUAACGCACAUUACAAAUUGGACUACUCUGCAACAUGAACCUGAUAAUGAUCAAAAAGAUGCCGCAGAGUUCGCAUUGGAAUCGAGUAAAUGUCCAACUAAUAUUAUGGAUAUGCUUGGUUUGAAUAGUCAUAUAAGUCAAUGGCCUGAUCAUUUAAAAAAUACAGCCGGAACAGGCCCUAACAUAGAUAAUAUAAGAACCUUGACAUGUAGACGUAUUCCAGGAGCACCAAUAGUAUACGUGGGCUAUCCUGACACAUCUAACGAUUUGUUGGACCAAGUUUUUGUUAAGUCAGUACAACUAGAAGUGUUUUAG